GUAUAGAAUGUGGAAAGACUUUCAGUCACAACAGUGCCCUUACUUCUCAUAAGAGGAUCCACACAGGAGAGAAACCAUUUCAGUGUAUAGAAUGUGGAAAGACUUUCAGUCACAACAGUUCCCUUAUUUAUCAUAAGAUUCACACAGGAGAGAAACCGUUUCAGUGUAUAGAAUGUGGAAAGACUUUCAGUCACAACAGUUCCCUUAUUUAUCAUAAGAUUCACACAGGAGAGAAACCGUUUCAGUGUAUAGAAUGUGGAAAGACUUUCAGUCACAACAGUUCCCUUCUCAUAAGAGGAUCCACACAGGAGAGAAACCGUUUCAGUGUAUAGAAUGUGGAAAGAACUUCAGCACAAGCAGUAACCUUAGUUCCCAUAAAAAUAUCCACACAGGAGAGAAACCCCAUCAAUGCAUAGAAUGUGGGAAGAACUUCUGCACAAGGUAUGAUCUUACUUCACAUAAAAGGGUUCACACAGGAGAGAAACCAUUUCAGUGUAUAGAAUGUGGAAAGACUUUCAGUCACAACAGUUCCCUUACUUAUCAUAAGAGGAUCCACACAGGUGAGACCUAUCAAUGCAUGUAGUGUGGAAAGAAUUUCAGGAAAAAUAGUGACUUUAUUUCCCAUAAAAGGGUUCACAUAGAGGAGCAACUAGAGGUAGUUCUUGAAUUGCAACCAUAAUGGA